CCUUAAUUUUAAUCCAAGGGUCAGUAUUAGCCACAUCCGCGUCUGAAAAAAAAUCCUCAUCAGAUCGUCGGCGAAACUGGGCUUCUUCGCCGGUGGCAAACUCCGCGACUCUCACUGCCCAUCCGUCCAGCUCUGAACAAAACACAAUCCUUCCUCUCGUUUCACUUCACAUGGAAGCUUCACCUGAAAAUAACCGCGAUUCCAAAGGUGAAAUCGUUGAUUCCGUUACUACAAAUAUCGAUGGGGAAGAACAUGAUGAUCGUCAACAAUCAAAGCUAGUAUCUGAUGGUGAAACAACCAACCCUGGUAGCACAGAUGCUCUCGCUAAGGGGUUGUCCUCGAUGCUGGCGACUGUGAUAAGGGAUUUCGACACCAAAGCUCAAAGCACUACCGAAUCGCAGGACACCCUCGCUUCUGCCAUUGACCGUCUCACCAUAGAGCUUGAUCAAUUGUUAGAAGAUGCACCUUUGCCAUUCAUUAUGCAGCACGCAGCAAAGAUUUCUGGCGUUAGAAAAAGAGUAUCAUCUCUGAAUUCACUUCUGAAAUCCAUACAACGCCGCAUUGACAAUAUAGAUCGGAUUCUAUCAAUGGAGAAAACAGUUGCAGAGAGUUUGUGACAACAAUCCAACAUAACACCAAUUGUGUAGGACUGAAGUUGCAUUGGUGGAUGGGUUUCUAAACAGCCUUGAUGGUGUUAGGUUGACGAUGGCAGAGAUGGGCUGGGUGCGGUAGCUUCAGUAUUAUACCAUUACCAUAGCAUGGCUCUUUUUUCUCGUGUCCGGGGCUGCCUGAUAAUUUUCCUGGAAAGAAAUCAAGAAAGUCAUGGCAGCUUCAAAAGUGGCUUUCUUUGGUUGGUCUGCAUCUGCAUUAACUCUGAAUAAUUUGAUUGUUAUAUUCAUCUAUAAAGGCCCAAGGCCAAAGAAGUGAUGAGAAUGCUACCAAUUCUUCUGCCCAUUUGGUCAUGGAAUCAACCACAAGUAGUUACUAUUGCAAAUGAGUAUUAUAUAUAGUCCUUGA